AAAAAGUUGAGUUCCAUAAGUAAUAAAAUUUUAGUUAAUUUAAGAUGUAUCGCUAAAAUUUUGGUGAUAGAUCUGAGUAAUUAUCCAUUAUCUCUUUUCUAUUCUUUCAAAAAUAGCAAUGUCCUUUCCUUUAGAAGGGUCGGCCUCGGCGAAAGCAAAAAUUGUUCCAAAAUCUAACACCAUCUACUCCAGGCUUCUCGUUGUGUUCAGUAAGUUGAAAUUAGGGAAUCUCGCAUGUGCAUUUCGGUCGUAAUUCUUUUGAUACACUUACGAUUAGGUUUUUGAGUUUUUAUAGAGUGCACACCAACUGUUUGAUGAUUUUCCCCAACAUUGACUAAACAGUGCAAAUGAUGCUCAGUGUACCAGUAAAAAUCCAACUCCAAAGCAAUAAUUGCAUUUUCCCACUGCAAUCACAUUUGUUACCUGGUAAAUCCAGCAAUAAACAUACCAUUUCUGUUAUUUGCGGUAAUCCGGGACCUCACAAAUUGGUUCGAGAUCGGAAGCUGGACAAACAUGUUGUAAAGAACAACAAUAUUAGGUUCGUGCAGAAGCUUAUAACACUGCUACUUUCAAAACCAAAGCAUUUCAUGCCUAUCAAUGUUCUCUCCAAAUGCCGCGGCUAUUUGACCCUUUCUAAACCUCGCUCUAUUCUUUCAAUGAUUCAGCGUUAUCCAACAAUAUUUGAACUCUUCACUAUACCAACACCGCCUACACCGUUCAACGCCACUAAACCACUUUCCCAGCUCUGUGUUCGACUCACUCCGCCUGCUGCUACCCUCGUUCGUAAAGAAUACGAAUUGAAAUCGGCCCAUUCGGUUUUCUUGGCUGCUAAGUUACAGAAGCUUCUAAUGCUUACGACGCAUCAUAGGCUAUUGUUGUCCAAGCUAGUUCACAUUGCGCCUGAUCUUGGUUUGCCUGUUAAUUUCCGGUCUCACCUUUGCAAUGAGUUCCCUGAUAAGUUUCGUGUUGUGGACACUUCUUAUGGUCGUUCUCUUGAGCUUGUUUCUUGUGAUCUAGCUAUAGCUAAUGCUUUACCGUCCCAUGAAGUUGACCAUGUUUCACUUGGAUUGAUUGUAGAUAGGCCAUUAAAGUUCAAGCAUUUAAAACUUCGAAGAGGACUUAAUUUGAAGAGACGGCAUGAGGAGUAUCUUAUAAAGUUUAAAGAAUUAGCGGAUGUGUGUCCUUAUAAGACAAAAGUGAAUGAUUUCUAUAAAGAGUCGAUUAAUGCUGAGAAGAGGGCUUGUGCAGUGGUGAGAGAAGCUUUGGGGAUGAUGGUUGAGAAGAGGACUUUGGUUGAUCACUUAACACAUUUUAGAAAGGAGUUUGGCUUGCCAAACAGAUUAAGGGCUAUGCUAAUAAGGCACCCUGAGUUGUUCUAUGUGAGUAUGAAGGGGCAGAGAGACUCUGUCUUUCUGGUAGAAGCCUAUAAUGAUAGAGGCAAACUUUUGGAGACUGAUGAAAUGCUGGUCAUAAAAGAUCACCUGAUGGAGCUUGUUAGGAAGGGGAAGCAAAUGAGAAGAGAAUCAACGAACGCUUUUGCAAAAGGUGAUGUAAAUGAGUAUUUCAAUCAAAUGGGUGAUGAUGAUGAUGAGGUCAAAGAUGACGACUACUUUGAACACUCUGAUGGUUUAGAUAAAUUGUUUGAAGACUUUAAUUCAGGGAAUGGUACAGAUAAUGACGGAGAUUUUGGUUUUGACGAUGGCUCUGACUGUGAUGAAAGCACCAAAUUAUGGGCUAUCCGAGAUGAAACACAGUUCUGGACAACUGAGGUGCAAAGUGAUACCAGUGAAGAUUCAGCACCUUGGUAGACUUGACUCCCGCUUCCCAUUCUGGUGAUUGCUACUUGUAGUUAACAUGUGCAUGUAAAGAUUCUACUUUUCCUUUUUGUUUCUCAAGGUAUUAUUUUUCUUUCAUGUCCUACAAUAUUUAUUCAUUGACUGAGUACAUGGUAUUUAAAAGAGUUGUGUUUAAGGAUUUUCUCUAUUGUUUUAUUUUAAUAAGCUCGUAGAUUGUAAACUUUGCUACUAGGUGUGACUUGUAAGAGAGAAUAAAGGGAGUGAGUGAAAGAAGAGUGGUAUGGUGAGGAGAUCAAUUCAUUAGG